AUGGCUGUAAAUUGGUGCAUUGUGUUGCUUUCCGUGAUUAUUGGCGUGGCGGUUACAGAACAUCCUCCCAACAAUCCAUCUGUUCCAUUGGACGAGCUCAAGGCUACAGCUGAAUCGCUUGUAUUACAGCGCGUGGAGCUUUUGUUACAAAGCUUGAGUGACAAAAUAAAAGUGUUGGACGAUCGUGUCGGUGAAAUGAAACGAGAUGUCAGCAGCUUAUUUAUUGCGCAAAAUGAAACAAACGAAUCUUUGAGAAAAGUUUCGGAACAAUUGCAAAGCUUCCAAACAUCGACUAAACAAGAAAUGAUCAAUCUAAACCACAAGUUUGGACAAUUUCCAGAAUACACGGGAGUCUACUUCUUGCGGCCGGAUCCAUCCAAAGACAUAACUUUUGCAGUAUCUCGCGACUGGACGAAUAAUCAUGGAUACGGUGACAAUUGGAUCAUUUUCCAGCGAAGGUUCAACGGUUCGGUCAGUUUCUCUCGCAACUGGACCGAGUAUAAGCAAGGAUUUGGUGAUCUACGCGGCGAACACUGGCUAGGGUUGGAAAAGCUACACAUGAUCGUGAAAACCCAGCGACACGAGCUGCUCAUCGUGUUGGAAGACUACGAAGGCGUGAUCGCGUAUGCACAUUACGAUGAUUUUAAAAUCGGAGAUGAAAGUGAGAAAUACAUCUUAAAAUCGGUCGGUCAAUAUUCUGGCACUGCGGGUGACUCUUUUACCCAUCACAAGGAAGAAAUAUUUUCAACAUACGAUCAGGACAAUGAUUCAAAAUGUGCCAAAAAGUUCGGUGGCGCAUGGUGGUUUCACAGUUUCUUCUGUGUUUUUAGUCAUUUGAACGGAGAAUAUAUCAAAGGCAAAACCAAUCGCAUGGAUGUAGGCAUUAACUGGCUUUAUUUUCGUGGACAAUAUUAUUCCCUGAAGAGCACCAAAAUGAUGGUUCGACCUAAACACAGAUUGAUGUGA